AUGCUUGCCAAGGCGCUCAAUCGCAUACGACAAAAACGUAUAAUACUCAUCGCAACUGAGCCUGACCUUAAGUCGAAACGCGAUGAGUACCUAUCGCAGCUUUUCCAAUUGUGCGAAGUAGAAAAAAUGCUUAACGUGGUUGCAAUCCCUGUUGAUUUUCCUCAGACCAAAGUUUUUUACAGCUAUACAAUUUUUCCGAAAUUUCAUUUAGAAGAGAAAACGUUCGGUUCCGGUGGUGUAGAGGUUUUUCCGCGUCGCUUGAAAAAUCUACAUGGAUAUGGCAUACGCUCAAUGCCCGAUCAAAUCCUACCGCACUCAUUUGCGUACGAGCUGGACGGACGUGUACAAGUCGGAGGUUAUUUAGUGAAAGUUUUGCAAACAUUCGCAACAAGCAUAAAUGCAACACUAUUCUAUCCGUUACCAAUAAAAAUAAAUAAUUACGAUCCAGUGGGCGUGGCCAAAAUGUCGCACGACAAUGUGAUCGAUAUACCCAUUUCCAGCAAGUUUUUGUUGAGAAUGCAAGAUUUAAAUGAGGGGUCGAGCCCUUUUGCUAUCAGCGAUGUUUGUCUGAUGACACCAAUAAAGUGGUACCGCACAAUACAGAGUUUUUACGAAGCAUACGCGGAUAAAACAUAUUUUCAAAUUAUUAUAGUCAGCACUAUUAUGACAUGGACCUUGUGCUAUUGCUGUCGAUGGUUGCAAUACAAGCUAGAUGGCAGGCCUUACCAUGAGACCGUACUGUCGGCGUUCACUGAUCCAAAUUAUCUUGCCAGCCAUUUUGAGUUGGGCAAACCUGCUAGAUUACCACGUUUGGUUACUUUGCGAGUUAUAGUUGUUAUCUCCAUGCUAUGGACUUUAUGUGUCUACACCCAUUUUUCGGCAAAUCUUAAUACAUUUGUGACUAAGCCAGCUACGGUACAGAAUCCAAAGAAUUGGGAUGACUUCAACAGACAUGAUUUCAAAAUAUUGAUCAGUGCGAACGUUUACAAAUAUAUGUUUAAACUUUGUGGCGACUUUUGCGAAAAUACAGAGCAAUCCUGGGUGUUUGUGGAUACAUUGGAUGAAUUUCAUCAUGCGUUCUAUAAUUUGAAUAACAACUAUGCGUAUCCUGUCGAUCUAUUUUUUUGGCAUUUUGUCGAACUGAAAAUGCGUUCGUUAAAGCAACCCGUUUUUCGUUUAUCUGAUAUGUGUUUGAGAAAACGUCUCUUACGUGCUAUACAUUUGCCCGAAAACUCAAUUUUCAAAGAACAUUUAAACCUAUUCCUGACCAGAUGUGCUGAUCAUGGCCUAUAUAAGGUUUGGCUUGAUUCAACGCAUUUUGAAAUGGAAAAGUUAAAGAUCUAUAGCAAGAUUAACACAACUGAACAUUUGACACGACCGCUGGAUUUGGCCUACUUUUCAAUAUUGUGGAAAGUGAAAAACUCGUACACAUUAACGAUUGAGGCGAUGGCGGGGCCAACACACUCAACGCAACUAGCGCCUACACAACUACAACAACAGCAACAGCAGUAA